GUGCUCGGCUGCAUCGGGAGGGCAGACCAGCGCAUCAAUCAGGGGGGAGGAUGAGGACUUGGGGUUGACGGGGGAAAGAGGCACGGUUUGGCGGGGUGGGGGGGGUCACGGUGCGUCAUGCGGGCCAGCCCGCGCUUGGUGUUGUCGCUGGUGCUGCUGAGCAUUGCGCUGCUUCUGGUCGCCACCAUCAUUCAAGUUCGCAAGAAGCAGUGUCCCGAUCCUGCCGCCGAGCUGGAUGCCGAGAACGUGCGCCUCUUGCGCGAGCUCGAGCAAAUGCAGGCCGAGUAUCACCGCCUGGGGGAACGGGAGCAAACUGCUAUGGAAGAGGUCCUGCGACUAUCACAAGACAAUCUCCAGCUCAAGACCAAGCUCGAAGCUGCCCAGGCAGCUGGCCCCCUGGCCCGCGCCAACGACCACCACCACGUUGGCAACGCACCGCCGCAUCAUCUCAAUCCCGGACUACCGCACGGCGGACAAGCUCCAGUGCCCGGCCAUCCUGUCCCUGGAAAGGCCGACGACCAAACGGGCCUUCAGCCCCCGGCCCAAGCACCCGACCACCCGCGCCUCGCGAUUUUGGUCCCGUUUCGUGGGGCCGAGGCUGAACUCAAACAGUUUGCCCCGCACAUGAAGGUCUUCCUGCAACAACAGCACAUUGACUUUCAUAUUUACGUCAUUAAUCAAGUCGACAAGUACCGCUUCAACCGGGGUCUGCUCAUCAACGCGGGCUUUCUGGAGGUGGAACACGAGUCGGACUACAUUGCCAUGCAUGACGUCGACUUGCUGCCCAUCAACGACAAGCUGCCUUAUGAUUUCCCCCCCUUUCCCCAGCAUGUCGCCGCCCCUUGGCUGCACCCAAUCUACCACUAUGACAACUUUAUUGGGGGUAUCAUGCUUCUAGCCAACGUCCACUUUCGCUUGCUCAAUGGCUUUUCCACCCGCUAUUGGGGCUGGGGUCGGGUGGGAGAGCAAUACACGGCGGGCCGUAAGCGUGAUCACGUCACGGGCCUCUCCACGACCAAGGAGCAAUAUCACCUGGUCCAACGUCGGACGCAGACCAUCUCGGGGGUCGACGUCACCUAUCUGGAUGUUGAGCUCGUCUGUGAUCAUGCCGCGACACCCUGGUGCGAUCAGCCACAAGACUGCAAGCCAGGCUACUAUCGCAAGCCCAUCAAAGGCGACACGGAGGGUCACUGGAUGUGCACGCGUUGCGGGCACAACUGCUGGAAGGGCUUUGUCCUUGUGGGGCAGUGCACCCAAACGGAUACGCCCGUGUGUAUGAAAGUGGGCCGCGACAUUUCCGAGGAGGAAGGUGUGUGUGUGUGUGUGUGUGUGUGUGUGUGUGUGUGUGUGUGUGUGUGUGUGUGUGUGUGUGUGUGUGUGUGUGUGUGUGUGUGUGUGUGUGUGUGUGUGUGUGUGUGUGUGUGUGUGUGUGUGUGUGUGUGUGUGUUGCUGCAUCAAGCCAAGGGGGGCGUGCGUGCUGACCAGGUGUUGUUGGUGGGCUGUAAGGGGGCGGGCAAGACAACCCUCUUUCUCAAGCUGUGUCAUGAUCGACAAAUGCCCACGGUGACCAGCAUGAAGCCAAACACCGCCACUCUGACGGGCGAUCAAGAAGGCCAGCAAACCGUCAUCGCCGAUUUGCCUGGCCAUCAGCGCCUGCGCACGCAAGUGCUUCGUCUUUUGCACGGCCAUCCUCCACCGGCUCGUGAGAUGCCACCGACUUGCUUGGCGGAGGCUUUGCCACGGGCCCGGGGCAUUAUUUUUGUGGUCAAUGGCUCUCAAUUCAAGGAGGAGCUGCGCGAAGUGGCCGAUCUCCUGUACAGCGUCCUCUUGAAGACGCUCGACCGCGCCACGCCAAUCCUUCUCGUCUGCACCAAGCAGGACAUUGUGACGGCUCAAAAGUCCAAGAGCGUCGUUCGACGUCUCUGUGAAGAGCUCACGGCGCUCCAGGAUACGCACAACGGCGCCGUGGUCGAGGACACGGACAACAAGACCACCGAGCAAAGCUUGCCACUGGACAUCGAUGGCCAGUUUCGCUUUGAGCUGCUCGACAACCGUGUGGACAUUCUCGAGACGACGUUCAAGUCCAAGGACGCCACCGCAGUGGACCAGUCACGAGACCGCGUGAAGCAGUGGAUCUUUGACGCGACUUUAUAA